AUGGCGUCCACCUCCCCGCGUCGCUCCGGCGACUCCUCGCCGUCCUCGCCCCUCCUCUCCUCCCCCUCCUCCCCGACAUCCCUCGCGACGGCUAACGGCGUCGGGCGGCUGCCGAUCCUCCGCAGCGGAACGCGGUUCCUACCCCGCACGGGCAGCCGCCGCCUGAUGCGUGAGCCGUCGAUGGCAGUGCGGGAGACGGCGGCGGAGCACCUCGAGGAGCGCCAGGCUGACUGGGCCUACUCCAAGCCUGUCGCCGUGCUUGACGUGCUCUGGAAUCUCGCUUUCGUCGCUGUGGCAGCAGCCGUUCUCGCCGCCUCCCUCACGGAGCGCCCCGCCGUCCCGCUCCGCUUCUGGCUUGCCGGUUACGUGCUGUAG